AUGUUCGUUACGCUCUGUCGCUUUCUUGGUCUGCUUUGUCUCGAAGCUGUGCCAAGUGUGUCUACAGAGUCAGUCGAGGCGAUUUGUGACCGGUCAGAUGAAGCAUGGAUGGCCAUUUUUCAGAAGCUGCUCACCGACAAAAGAGCCACCUGCGUGUCGGCAUGGAGCUCGGAAGACGACAUACGAAAUGAAUUACAUCGAAUUUAUUUGCUUUGGACAGUUCUCAAGAGGGCUCGCGGCGAUACCAACGGAUCUUUACAGGGAGGUGAUACAAGCCGAACAGCAAACGAGAACCUGGCUGAUCUUGGCGACCUUCUGAGAAUCGACACAGAAACGGCACCAUUAUCCGUUGGCGCAUCGGACGCUGAGGUUGCGAAGACUCUUGUAUGCGAAGCGUUGGCCUCGAUGCUAGAUUCGGACCCGGAACUGAACCGCGUCUACGACGACGUGCCUGUCGGGUUCAUGGGGAAAGUCGAUCCAGUGUUUGCCUCGGAAUUGAACGACGUCUACAACGAUGUGCCUGUCGCGGUUAAGAAAGUCGAUGAAAUGUUGCCCCAGGACUUACUCAACAAUCUUCCCCACGAAACAGUGUCUACUUGCCUUUCUCGUUGCCAGCUGGAAUACAAUGCGAUGCCGGAGCUUCUUCAGAGGCCAGACAAUGUGCUAUCGAUAUUUAUUUACAGGUGGGAAAAAACGCAGGUGUACCACAAGUACAUGGAAACAUGGAUGGCAUCCAUCGAGGGUAAGGAGCGGUAUGGGCAUAUAAAAAGGCGACUGCGUGAGGCAGAAAGCGGAGAUGAUAUUGGGUUGUGCCUCUUGACAUUGGUCUACUACGAACGGGUUCUCGACCGGACAGAGCGAAUGGCCACUCCUACCCACGGUAGCUUCCUGGAAGACUUCAUCCGCCACUUAGACGAUGACUCGGGCCACGUCCAGCAGGGGGGCUCGACUGCGGGGCUGUUCACACGAAACCAGCAGCGGGUGCGUGCAAAGGGCUCUCCAUGCGAGUGUUACACUAUUGGAGUGCUUGAAGAAAAGGAUGUGAAUUGA